AUGGUCUACCUCUACCACGAGCGGCAGGAGGCCGCCCUCUGCGGCCAGCACUGCCUCAACAACCUGCUCCAGGGCCCGCACUUCACCGCCGGCGACCUCGCCGACAUCGCGACCGCGCUCGACCAGCAGGAGCGGAAGCUGAUGCUCGAGGCGGGGAUGACGGCGGAGGCGCGCGCGUUCAUGAGCGAGGACUCGUCGAACGUCGACGCGUCGGGCAACUUCUCCAUCCAGGUCCUCUCGCAGGCGCUGCAGAACGUGUUUGGUCUCGCGCUCGAGGACUCGCGCCGGCCCGAGAACCGGAGCCUGAUGCAGUCGCCGGACGCGCAGACGGGCUUCGUGCUUAACCGGCACUCGCACUGGUACUGCCUCCGCAAGCUCAACAACCAGUGGUGGUCGUGCAACUCGACCCAGAUGGCGCCUGAGCGGAUCACGUCGAGCGGCAACUUCUCGGGCCUGAGCUCCGAGCUCCGCAACCUCGCCUCGGACAACUGGACAGUCUUUGUCGUCAAAGGAGACCGCUGGCCGCAGCCCGCGCCGCGCAAUCAGGGGGCGCCCCCUUCGAACUGGGUCGACCCCGCGAGCCCGCCCCGCGACCCGAACGAGCCCGCCGAGUUUAGCGGGUCGACGUUUGGCAACGCGGCGCCGCGGCAGGAGGCGCCGAAGGUGGAGGCGUUCUCGGGGCAGGGGCGGUCGCUCGGCGGCAGCAAGCGGCCCGCGCCGGCGGAGGUUGCCGACCUCAGCGAGGAGGAGCAGCUGGCGAUGGCGCUCUCUCUCUCGCAGGAGCUCGCGGGGCAGGCCCGCACGCCCUCCGAGCCGAUUGUCGUCGACGAGGCGUCGCCCACAACCACGCUGCGGGCCCGCAUGGCGGACGGAAGCAAGGCGGUCAUCAAGGCGAACCACACACACACAGUCGACCAGCUGAAGCGGCACGUUGCUUCUCUCGCGCCCGGCGUCGCCUUCUCGCUCAAGGGAGGUUUCCCGCCAAAGCCGCUCGAGGAGGGAGGCCUCUCGCUCGCCGACGCGAAGCUGCUCAACGAGGUGCUCGUCUUCUGCCCCGAGUGACGAACUCGACGCGGUUGUGGGCCAGGCUGUGCUUCCACGGCGGCAUCCGACACAUCGCUCUUGCGUCGCUUCUCUAAGCUGAAAGCUCUAACCGCUAACGUACUCAACUGUCAGUUUGGGGCGCCGCGUGUGGAAA